AUGGUUCUUGGUCCCACUGGUCAAGCAGUCCAAAUGCUUUACGGUACAUUGGUAGCGGCUCCAGCUGAGAUGGACGACAUGACUGGAGGCGCAGGGGUGUAUUUCGUCUUUCCAGACGUCAGUGUGAGAUUCGUUGGAAGGUUCAGACUGAAAGCGAUGCUGAUGAGGAUCACUGGCGGACCUGCAAUCAAUGUCUGCGUCACCCCGACGUUCGAAAUUGUCCACAACAAAGACUAUAUUGCCCCCCCUUUGACACCACUCACGCGGCAUUUCAACAACCAAAACGUCGUCCGAUUUGGUCUACCACGUUGGUCUUGA